AUGUCUACCGCCGAGCUUGCUACUUCCUACGCGGCCCUUAUCCUCGCCGACGACGGCGUUGAUAUCACCGCCGACAAGCUCAACACCCUCAUCAAGGCCGCUAACGUCCCUGAUGUUGAGCCUAUCUGGGCCCAGCUUUUCGCCAAGGCUCUCGAUGGAAAGGAUGUCAAGGACCUCUUGACCAACGUCGGCUCCGGUGGUGGUGCCGCCGCUGCCCCCGCCGCUGGUGGUGCUGCCGCUGGUGGUGAGGCUGCUGCUGAGGAGGCCAAGGAGGAGAAGGCUGAGGAGGCUGAGGAGUCCGACGAGGACAUGGGAUUCGGUCUUUUCGACUAA